AUGCAGAUACCGCCUAGUGCGGGUACACGACCAAAAACAUUCACCAAAACAGACGAUGUUGCAAACACUGUAGACAUCGCCGAUAUCGAUAAACUCAAAACAAGUCAUAGGGAAAGUGAAGAAAUGUCAUUUAGUAGUGUUAGUACGAAAACUAGUGAUUUCGACCAUAUCUCAAUAAGUUCUAGCGAUAAAAAUGAUGCAUACGGCACAAAAAUUAAUGAACGUAAUGUUAAUAGCGAUUCGACUGCUGAAAAUGCGCUUACGUACAAAAAUAAUAAUAUUAAUAACAUAAAAUCUGAUGAGAAAACUGAGAAUUACCUAACUAAAUCUGCAAGUAAAAACGAUUUCGAAUAUGAAACACAAAACAUAAACGCGUCUGUGAGAAAAGAUCAUGAAUAUAACAAUGAUAUGGUACAAACUAUUGGAGAUACUAAUAAAUAUGACCCUACAACAAUUAACCAGUUAGGUAGUUCAAAUACGGAUGUCUUCAAUAUUAAAUACGAUCAGAACUUAAAUGGUGAAAUGCAUUCACUGCGUAGACCGAAAUCCUUGAAUCAAAAUGAUUACGCCAAUUUUGAUAAACAUGAGGGCAACAUAGAUUAUAAUUCUAAGUCUAAUAUAAAUAUUAAAGAAUGUAAUGACAAUUAUCCUAACGCUUUGCAGAAACUUGAUAAAGAUAGAGUAAAGUUCAAAAUUGAUACGACCAACAACAUUAGAAAGAGAGAAAGUGUGUGUGGAUCAACAAAUUUUAAACCACAUAUUUUAAAUGUUAAGCAACCUAAAAAUAGUAGUUUAAGUAGUCAUCUUAAAAUAGCAGUAGAUGAAAUAGAUGCAGAUUUCAGAGUCAGUAGAUUAGACAUUGUCGAAAAUAGGAAUAGGGAGAUAGGUAGAAAUGAAAACAGAAAUGGUGAUCCAUUUGUAAACGACAACAGUUCUAAUGAUUUUGCUUCAAACAGAAAUAGAGAAUCGAGUUCAGCAUACGUAUUUCAAAAUAAAAAUAGGGAAAUAGGUGUUAAAGAAAACAGAAGUAGGGGUCAAUUUUUAAAAGAUAAUGGUUAUAAAGAUGUUGUCUCCAACGGAAGUAGAGAAUCGGAUUCAACAGACGUAGUUCAUAAUAGAAAUAGCGACAUAAGUCUAGAUCGAAAUAGAAAUAGGGCAGAAGAUAAGGUGGCUAGUAAACUUUUGCAGCGAAAGUUAGCUGCCUAUCGAAAGUUACAACGUUUUUAA